UUCGAGAUGUCCCUGGAAAAUCUUCGCAUCGUUAUCCUCCUCGGAACUUCUCGCUGCUCCACCCUGCAAAUGGCGGGGGGAAGUUCGAUCUGUUUGCUCAAUAUCUGGAACGUUUAAACUAUAAUCAGCAAUGUUCAGUAUGUUUGUCUCCAACUUCGUGCGGUCCAAUUUUGUUUCACGCCUCAGACCAUGGCUAGUCGAAGAACCAGAGUUGGAGAUAGAGCUGGGCCUUCUAGCAUCGCAAGGCUGUGCGAAGAAGCUAAAGUUCGAACCCUCGGCCCUGAACCCUCUAAUCGAAGGUUCUACUUUCUUGGAGUUCAAGCGUGUGGAAGUGGGGGAACUCAGUGUGCGAGUUCGUCCUUGGACCAGUCCCUCCAUCGUCGUGGAAGUGCGGGGGCUUCAUGUAACCUUAGCACAUAGGGUGACAAGUAAACUGCAAGACACCCACAGAGAUUCAGCAGCAAGCAAGAAGAAAGAGACGAUCGCCUUUCUUGAUUCCGAGGGUGCUUCUCUGCAUGAUGCAAUUGAAAGACUUCUAGCACGAGAUACUCCAGGUGAUCGACUUAAGACCUCAUGGGCAAAUAUUAUUGCUAGCUGUUCUCAGAUAAAGUUCCAGGAUUUUUGUCUAGAACUUCAACUGUUAGAGAAGUCACAUGCAUGCCUAUUGGAGUUGGAUGAAUUUUCUAUUGACUCUCAGUGUCUUCACAGUACUUCAUUGUUCAGAAAAUCUCUUGAUUCAUUGCUUGUGCAUGGAAAAAUGAAUGAAUUAUCUAUAAGCUGCAGCAAUAUGAAAUUUGGCGUGAAGGAGAAUGAGCGGAUAAAGUGGAUAGCAUCCUUGUUGGGCCUAUCUGCUCAUUUCAAACUGAUUGGGUUUCAUCCUUUGAGCAACUACAUACAUGUUCCAUCAUUAGUGGUUAAACUUUCACCGGAAGUUAUUCCUCUGCUUCUGUUGAUAGUAGAUGCAUUUUCUUCUAAAAAACAUGGUGUCUUCAGGACUGGAAAGGAACUGUGGAGGAUUGCUGCAAAUAGAAUUGGUCAUUUAACAUUAGGGGCGAGGUCUUCUGUGCAAAAUAUAGCUAAGAUGGUGGUGUUAUGGUCACGCUAUGUUCAUGCUUAUAGUUGUUUACUAACUUUGGUUGGAAGUUUAGCUGAAGUAUAUUUGAAAGAAACUGCAGGCAAGCAUUCCAUGGACAGAAAGCUGAUUAUUCAAGCUAAACAUCAAUUGGGUUUAAUUUUUCAUCUUGAAGAAAAAUUGCCUGCACAAAUGGUGGUUCAAGCACGACGAAUAGCACGAUAUAAGAGAUUUCAUGUCUCAACUGAUCUCAAAAAACCCAUGUGUUUUUUCAGCACAUUACUAAGAAAUAUUCUAGCACCUUUUUGGCUUCUCUGGAAAGUGAUCUGCUUCAUUUUUCAAGCAGUGUUGUAUUUUGCUUUAAAUUUCAAUUUUGUCAGGCCAAAAACACUUGGAAGCAUUCAUUCUUCUUGCUUCAGCUUUGAAGAAGUCUUUAUUUCGUUCUCUCAUUCAACUUAUGUUCAUUUUCCUGUCACUAAAAAUGUAAAAAGGGAGGAAAAGCAGAACUUGCCUUCGUUUUAUCUCACUUUAAGGCAGCUGUGCUUAUUUUCCAAAACGGAUGAGACUAUAAUAUCUUUUUUAGCAGCUCUCGGGGAAAUUAAACUUUGUCUUGCCGAUUCGUUGCAAAUUCUACUGGACCAUGAUUUGACAAUCAAGAAAAACCGUUCUUCUAGAGCAGGUUAUCCUGAGGGUAUUAUUGAUGAGUCAAAGGUCAUCCUUUGGGGUGACCCUGAUUCAUUAUAUCCUCCUCAAGUAAUAUGUAAUGAUGAUUCUUUGAAGCACUUUUGUGUUAUUUUGGAGAAUGAUUUUAGAGACCUGUUGUCAUACUGGAAUGAAAUUAGAGGGAAACAUGAAGCAAAUGACCUGCAUAAGGGAGAGGCAUUUCUAUUGUGUGGACUGAAGUACUUCCUUAUAGAUCCCUAUGUCAAGGAUGGAGCUUGUGGACUGUUGAAAUACAGCCUUAAUAUCGGGAAAAUGAACCUUGAUUUGGAUUAUUCAUCUAUUCUAUCAGCUGCUCUUAUGUUUAGACAGCUGGAGGAUCACUCUCAAUGGACAACUAGAGCUGGGAUCACACCCGCCAUAUCAUGCCCUUCAAGCGUUCUUUUAGAUAAAUCUAGAAUUAACAUGGAAAAUGAGGUAGAAUUCUAUGCAAACAAAAUCGUUGAUGCUGUUCUUAACAUGAUUCCCGAUAAGAACAUUCAUGUUGGAGCAGUCAGUGCAGGCCUUAGUGUUCGAGUAUCACUUGAAGAGGUAUUUUUAGGUUACAUAGAAAAAGAUAUCAGUCCUGUAAUUUCCCAAGGGAAUAGCUUCCAUUGGCUUAAAAUUGAUAUAGGGAAUACAGAAUUUGUCAUCUGGCCUGCUUCUAAAUCUGUAUUAUCUGCAAUGACUGCAGAAACUUUUUUUGUAGAAGUACCUUCGGAGUAUCUUUGGUUGGUGGAGCUACAAAAUUUGGAUGCUCAUCAGGAAGAAAAUACAGAUGAUAAAUUUAUUUCACAUGCGCGCAUCUCAUUGAAUGCUUGCCUAAGGACAAAUGUGGUCAAUGUUUCAUCUGAUUUUGUGUUGACUAAGCACUCACAUAUUGUUGAACCGAUUUCAAUUACAACCAAGGCCUCAAUUUGCAGAAACUAUCACCAUACCUUCUAUGGGACAACUGAUGUUGUUUCUGUAGCUCUUUCUUUAAUAUCAUCCAGUAUCGGUGUAUUAUUUUACAUGGAUGAGCUCAGAACUUUAUUUCAGUUCUUUCUUAACAGAGACCCUGCAUUGGUGGAAGCUCCAUACAUUGGGAAUAACUUUUUUUUUUUUCCUGACUUCUCUUGUAUAACAAGGACACUUUAUAAGAGUUUUGAAGGCAUGCUUUUGGAGGUGGCUUUUUCAUAUAAUAAUAUUGCUUCAGAUGGUCUUGGGAGUUUGCAAGAUCUUGUUAGAAAAUCAAGGGAUGAUUUUCGCUCAGUCGCAAUUGAUUAUGGCUCAAAUCUCCACAGUAGUGUUCUUUUAAUUAGUGCAACUUUUGAGCUUGAAUCUAUGGACAUUAUUUUAGGUGAAUUAAGGAAAGCCCAAAAUACAAGGACUUCAAAAUAUGAUGAUCUUUCCCAUUGUAGCAGGUCCAAUUUGAGCUUGUACUUAAAUAAGGAGACGAGAGGUUUGGAUUUGCCUAAUUUACUUGGUGUUGGACUAGGAUUCUCUAUUCAAAAAUCUUGCUUGAAACUUUCUUUGGAAGCAGAUACUUGUGACGUGUUUAUUGAUCUAUCAGGACUUCAGACAAUUCUACUUGAUCUUCAUUGUAUUAUGAAAAUAUCUAAUGACAUGAUUCAGAUGAAGGACAUACUUUCUUUGAAACAGAGUUAUCGGUUUCAUCUUGCUCAUUGUAGGUUAAAGUUGCAUGCUAGUUUUCACUGUGGUAUUAUAGGUUGUUCCAAUCCUAGCAAUGCGAUACAUAGCCUUGAUUCCACAAAUUGUCAGACUUCAUAUGAAAUUGAAGAGUCUCAUUGCAAGGAUGGAAUGCCAAGCAUCCUUGAUGAUGCUGAUCUUAUGUAUGAGUUUGGUAAUUUGCAAGCUACAAAUACUCAUGGACCAGCUUCAGUUUACUCAUUUGUAGUUGUUGCUGAACUUGGUGAUAUAAUUGUGUCAGAGUAUCAUGACACAGUCCUAUUUAAGAGAGAAAAUCAACCGUCCAGGUUUAAAAUGUUGAUAUUUUCUGGUGAAGGCCUUCAUAAAAUUGUUUGCAAGAUAAAGGGUGGCUUUAUCUUUCUUGAAGCAUUAGCUUUAACUAAGUUGCUCCACUGUUUUCAAGUGUAUUUGCUGUUGAUUGCAAGCUUUCCAUUAAGAAUGGUUAAUACAUCAAGAGAAUCAUCCAUCUCCAGGGUUUCUGCAGAUAAUUUGGUGUCACCAGGUUCACCAUCUAGGAAUGAGCAAGUUAUAAACUCUGCGUUAUCAACUUCAUCUUCAGAAAUACAAAAUCCUAUGCGAUGGAGCUUUCUUGAUUUUCUUUCCAUACAUCUAACUCAGUCUUCAGUUAUCCUUGCUGUUACAGGGUGUUCUGGUAAAACCGAAGAACUCGUUAUUGAAGUUGAUGUACUUCUAAGGCUCGUUAGUUUUGGAAGAAAGAUUGUAGUGAACCUGCACCGCUUGUCAGUUUCCACACAGCACCUUCAUAAAACCAUGCUAAAUGAAAAUGGGGAGGUGCAGAUACAGCAUUUCUGCUCCAGAACUUCAAUUGCUUCAGCCAGUGAAGCUUCAUCUGAAAAAAAUAGCCCACAAGGUUCAGAUUAUAUUUCUUCUGGACCUUCUAUGCCACAUCCAAUUUUUGAUAUUGAAGCAAACAAUGACACAUCUCAUCCUUUUUAUCAUAGACAUUUCAUCUUAAAGCAUCUAGUUGGUUCUGCUACAGUUGAGAUAGUUGAUUUGGAAUGUGAUAAGCUUCUUGCGGAAUUCUAUAGUAACUGGGCUGGAAAGGGUUCUAUCUCUGGCUUGAAUUUGAUGAUAAAAUUAUCUGAAAUUAAGAUAUUUUUAUAUUUGUAUUCUCUCUUUUCCGAGAUAUUCCCGGCUGAUGCUAAUGGCAGCAUCAAGCAAGAUGUUUCCUCAAGGAACUCUGGAUGGGGCGCCGAUUCAGAUUAUAAAAUUCCAGAUGGUGCUAUUGUCGCAAUUCAGGAUCUUCAACAACACAUGUACUUUGCUGUUGAGCAUGUGGAUAAUAAGUUCCAUAUGGUGGGCACUCUUCAUUAUUUUCUUGUAGGAGAAAGAGCUCUUUUUAAGGUGAGGCACCAUAGGAGAUGGGGGUCACGGAUGCUGUGCAUGUCCUUCAUAUCAUUAUAUGCAAAGAACAAUAAAGGUGAACCAUUGUGCAUGAACUUCAACCCUGGAUCUGGAUUUGUCGGAAUUUCUGGAAGUGAUGGCAAUGUAUCUUCCCUUUGGCAAACCUUCCAAUCUGAUUUUGGCCAUUUUGAAGACGAUGAUGAUCUGAAAACAUAUGCAACUGCACGUAAGGCAUUUCAUAUGGUGAAUCUGAAAAGCGACUGUGCUGUUGCCUUUGUUGAAGAAAUGCCAGAAUUUGUUAAGAAGCCCGGGAAUCAACUCAAAGUGAAGCUUUUUGAUGGUUAUGCUCUAGAAAAAGGCAUUGCUGGGCACCUUUCGAAACCCUUCUCUGAUGAUGCUUAUAUUGAGCAUAAAAAAUCAUCCGGUUCUAGUGCAGAGAGAUCUGGAUUUCAGACUAGUCUGCCGCAUGUAAACAUUAGUGUUGACGAUGCAACUUUGACCAUCUUUCAUGAAGUUUCUGAUGUAGAUGAUCAACUCCCUCUCUUCCGGUGUUGCCUUGAUAAUAUAGCUUUCCUUGGACAGAUUUUAUCUACCAAGCUAAGGGUUCUAAGUUCAUUCAGUGCUGUUCUUCACCAAUUUGAUGCUAGAACGAAAAUCUGGAGGGAAUUUAUUGCUCCUAUGGAAUUUUUUUUAUUUUAUCGUUCAAGAAUUACCCAGGUGGAAUCAUUAAUUCGACAGCAUGGCAUUCCAGUUCAUUUCUUUUUAAGGAUGGGCCAUUUGGAUAUGUCAUUAACGGAGGUUUCAUUAGAUGCACUUCUAUUUUUGAUUGGAGAAUUGGAUUUAGCUGGUCCUUAUGCUGUACGAAGGUCGUUAAUUUUUCCAAACAGCUGCAAGCUAGAAAAUUGUACGGAUCUUACAGUUCUUUGUCAAUUUCCUAAAAGCCAAAAUGUUGUUCUUUCUCAGGGGCAAUCAUCUUCCGUUUUAUUGAGGUUUGCAGCGUUGGCUGAGCAGCUCCCAUUCAAUGAACGCUCUGCAUCUAUUAUUCUUUCGGAUAAUGGGGGAUUUUCAACUUCACCAAUUUCUAUUUCUCUUUCAAGCGCUUGCUUUUUUGCAUGGAGAACACGUAUAGUUUCGCCUAAAGAUUCAAGAAUUUUUCCUGGACCCUUUGUUGUGGUCGAGGUUUCACCGAAUAAUGAGGAAGGAUUGUCAGUUAUUAUUUCCCCUUUGCUUAGAUUACGAAAUGAAAGUGGAUUCCCUAUGGAAUUGUUGUUCCGGCGGCCAGAAGAAGCCAAAACAGAAUCUGCUUCUAUUUUGCUUGAGGACGGAAAUUCAGUUGAUGCUUCUAGGGCUGUGUUUGAUGCAUUAGAUUUUUAUGGUGGCUCUAAGAGGACAUUGAUGUCUUUAAGUCUUGGAAAAUUCCUACUUUCUUUGAGACCUCGAAUAGCUGAUUACACAGAAAACAAUGAAAAAAAUAUUUCUUUGCUCUGGUCCGAAGAAAUUGAAGGUGGAAAAGCUCUGCAUAUCUCUGGAAUAUUUGAUAAAUUAAAUUAUAGAUUCAGAAAAGCUUUAGGUGUUAAAUCAUCAAAAUCUUUCUUUAGUACAUUGUCUUGCCCUAUUACCAUGGAAGACCAGCACAUUUCUGAUCUGCAUUUUCUAAUACGGACAAUUCGAAGAGAUGUACCGUUAAUGCAGCCUCAAAAUCUUGGCGAUCAAAAAGAGGGUCGUUCCUCACCAGUUGCUAUGCAAGUACAAAAAGAAAUUUUCAUAUAUCCCACAAUUCAAGUUUAUAAUCUCUUACAGUCAGAGAUAUUUGUUUUUUUAUCUGAUGAUCAUCCAGAUAAGUGUAUCAUGGAGGAGUUUCCCUAUAUCGGGAGGCAGGCUACCAUUCCAUGCCAGUCAAGUGCAUAUUUCUAUGCAAAUCCAGUUAAUAUAUAUUUCAGAAUCACCUUAAAUGCAUAUAGCUCUACAAGCAAACCAGUUAAUAGUGGUGCCUGGGUUAAGAAGUUGGAAAAAAGGCGGAAUGAUGUACACUUUAUCGACAUAGAGUUAGAUUUUGCCUGUGGAGCAUAUUUUGCAGUCUUACGAUUAUCAUGCUCAGACAGGGGACUGUUAGAGGCGACUAUUUUUACAGCAUACUCACUUCAAAAUAAUUCUGAACUUACAUUGUUUUGCUCUUCUUCCAGCCAGAAAUCUCAUCCAAGGGUACAAACUGAAACUGAAAUGCACUCUUCUGAUAUCCCACCUGAAUCCGGCUGUCUUUUACCUCCUAAAUCAAUCAAAUCAUGGUUUUUCAAGUCAAAUAAGGUGUAUGUUAAAUGGUUGGAAGAGAAAACAUCUAUGAAAAUGCUUGACCUAGAUACUUUGACUGGCUUCACGGAGCUUUCACUGGAAGUUGCAGAUAAUGCUGGGAUUAAAGUUGCUAAGCUAGGGGUUUCGCUUCAGCCAUGUGUCCAUAAAGUUUGUGUCCCAACACAAGUGGUUUCUUUUGUGCCUAGAUUUAUUAUAGCAAAUGAAUCAAAAGAGUCUAUUGUGGUUCGACAAUGCCAUCUACAGGAUGCAUUCAUUGAAGAGACUGUUGUGGAGAGUAGACAGAGAGUGCUGCUGCUUAUAAGGAAGAAAACAGGCAAAAGAAGGGAACAUAACCUCUUUGACUCUGUACUAAAGAGACACGCUGAUAGAAGUGAGAAUACGCAAAUCUUUGUCCAGUUCUACAUUAAAGCUGUUGGAUGUACUAGCCCUAGCUGGUCUGGCCCUAUUUGUAUUGCUUCACUUGGUCGAUUCUUCUUGAAAUUCAAGGGGUGUUCUGUGAAUUCAAGUAGUUCAACGAAUCCAAGUAAUUUGCGAGAAAACAAGACAACGCAAUUUGCUGUGGCCCAUAUUGUAGAAGAAAGAUCUAGUUUAAUUUUGUACUUCUAUAUGCCACCAGAUAUACCACUUCCAUACCGGAUUGAGAAUCUUUUGCAAGGAGCAUCUAUUAAGUACUAUCAAAAGGAUUUGGCUGAAGCAGAGAUCUUACCAUCUGGAGCCUCUGCAGAAUAUGUUUGGGAUGAUUUGAGUUUACCUCAUAAGCUAAUUGUUGAAAUUCUUGAUUUUCAUUUAAUGCGUGAAAUCAACAUUGACAAGGUUUGUAAAUGGAAGUCAUUCUUUAAGACGAGGGAACAUAGGGGGAUGCUACUGCAUUUGCCAAUGAAUAAACAAACUGAAAAUGAUCAGGGAACUGAUAGGGAACCACAGGGAAUAGAAAUCUUCAAAUUGGGUUUUGAAGUUUAUGCAGAUGAUUCCACCAGGGUUUUACGUUUUUGUGAAUUCCCAAAAGGAAUGGAACAAAUUGCUGCUCAGCCUUCUGCAAAUAUUCAAUUGAGACUUUCAUCCUUCGCAGUACACUUUCUUAAGAAUAACAAGCAGAUGGAAGAUGUUGGUUCAAAUGAACCACUAAAUUAUGCAACCAUUAUUGUGGCUAGGUUUGGAAACGUUGUCGUUGAUUCAUUGAUUACCAAUCAUUGCAAGUAUAAUUAUUUAAAAGUUCAGUCAUUUACUGUGGAUGAAAAAUGGCAAGGAGCUCCGUUUGCAUCAAUGGUUCGAAGAAGCCACCUACAUGAUUCUGGAAUGAAUAUCAACAUUCUUCAAAUAGUUUUCAAUAUUCUACAGUUCACCAAUUCUAAAGUUAAACAAGUUAAAUACUCUUCCGUCAUUAUUCAGCCGAUUGAUCUAAAAAUUGAUGAGGAGACACUAAUGAAACUUGUUCCAUUUUGGAGAUCCUCAAAUAGUAACUCCAGAGAGCAGAGUCAGCAGUUUUAUUUUAAGCACUUUGAGAUUCAUCCGAUUAAGAUAACAGCAUCCUUUCUUCCUGGUAAUCAAUAUCCUGGUUAUAGUUCAGCUGAAGAGACGUUGAGGUCCUUUUUGCAUAGUAUUCUAAAGGUGCCAUCAAUUAGAAAUGUUGUUUUUGAGCUAAAUGGUGUUCUACUUACUCAUGCCCUAGUAACUUCUCGUGAGCUGCUUAUUAAAUGUGCACAACAUUAUUCAUGGUACCUGAUAAGAGCAAUAUAUAUCACAAAAGGAAGCUCUUUACUUCCUCCAGCCUUUGCUUCGAUCUUUGAUGACACGGCAGCUUCUUCUCUUGAUGUAUUUUUUGACCCUUCUGACGGUUCAAUCAGUCUACCUGGACUUACAGUAGGCAUGUUUAAGGUUAUUAGCAAAUGUGUCAGUACUAAGGGAUUCUCCGGGACAAGACGCUAUGUUGGGGAUCUUGGAAAAACAAUGAAAACUGCAGGUGCAAAUGUUCUUUUUGCUACCCUCACAGAAAUAUCAGACAAUGUUCUGAGAGGAGCUGAAACAAAUGGCUUCAAGGGCUUGGUUGCUGGUUUCCACCAAGGAAUUCUUAGACUAGCAAUGGAGCCUUCUUUGUUGGGAGCUGCUGUUAUGGAAGGUGGUCCGGAUAGGAGAAUCAAACUUGAUCGUAAUCCUGGUGUUGAUGAGCUAUAUAUCGAAGGGUACCUGCAGGCUAUGUUGGAUGUGAUGUACAAACUAGAAUACCUCCGUGUGAGGGUUAUUGAUGAUCAUGUUCUGCUCAAGAACCUACCACCAAAUAGCUCUGUCAUAAAUGAAAUUAUGGAAAAUGUAAAGAGCUUUCUCGUCAACAAAGCUUUGUUGAAGGGAAACAGUUCAGCGUCUUCUCGUCCUUUGCGCCAUCUACGUAGUGAAAACGAUUGGAAGCUUGGUCCGACAGUGCUGACACUCUGUGAGCAUCUAUUCGUUAGUUUUACGAUUCGCAUGCUGCGGAAUCAAGCCAACAAGUUCAUUAUCGGCUUUAAAUGGAAAGGAAGAGAAGAAGCCAUAGCUGAAGGUGGGAAAUCUCAAAAUGAGAAAGAACAAAAGAAGCCUAGUAGGAGUUGGGCUGUUGGUAAAUUUUUUCUCUCUGGUAUGAUUGCUUAUAUAGAUGGGAGGCUGUGUCGCCACAUACCCAAUCCAUUAGCAAGACGAAUUGUGAGUGGAUUCCUGCUCAGUUUUCUUGAUAAAAGUGAUGGACAAUGAAGUUUUGUAACUCUUAUGUUUCGUUUGGAACGGCUUUUUUAUUGUUUUUUAAAGCAGUUUUUUAAUAGAAAAUUUAAAAAUUUUGUACUAUGAAUCUGCUUUAAGAAGUAGAAAGAAAAGCCGUACCAAAUGAAGCCUUAGGAGAGGAAUAGAAAGCAUCUGCUGCAGUUAGUAUAGCCUCGUGGUUUGGUUUCUCCCAACAAAUUUGGGUGAAUUUAGGUUGCAAGUGAAAAUAAAUUUAGUUUGUAUUUCUUAUUUGUAUUAUUUAAUAAGCUUGAAUAAAAUUUUGAAAGUUAAAUAUAUAUAAGAAUAAGAUGUA